UGGGCUUCUUUGUCUCAAUAACCAUUGCUCACUGCCGGCCCAUAUCUCAGGUGUUUUGGGCUUCAAAAGACGAAAUGUCUCCGGCGACGAUUGGAGACGACUUCAAUCGAUGGACGCUCUCAUCGCGUCCUACGGAGACGAUUCGUCGGAUUCCGACUCCGAAGUUCCCCUCUCGGCGAGAACCGAUGCGGUCCCAGCGUCAAAUAAACAAUCGACGGCCAGAAAAAAGCUGCCGCCUCCUCCUGUCUCGCUUCUGACGCCUCCCAACUCCAUUGGAUCGACGGAUUUCUUCCAACCCAGUCAGCCGAGUCGACUGAGAAGCUUUCCCCACGUGGAAGGAAACUAUGCUGUGCACGUCUACAUCCCAGUUCAUAUUCCUCCUGCAUCAAAGAAAGAAGUUGCGUUGUUUCUCAAGCAACUUUCGCCUCUUGUACCGGACCUCCACGUCGUGGACGCCGAUGUUCCUUUGAACAUUCUUUGCCAGGACGAGCAGAAGCUCGAGCAGUUUGCUGUGGGAAGGGAGUUUCAUGUUAGCCUGGGAAGGACGGUGCCCAUUCGUGUUCAUCAGAUUGAUUCCGUGGUCUCGAUGCUUCGCCAGAAGCUUCAGUCUCCCAGACGGUACUGGAUCGACUUCAACAAGUGGGAGGUUUUUGUAAAUGAUGAUCAAACACGCACCUUUCUUUCAAUUGAAGUGGUUACAGGGGGUUUAGCUGAGAUCAAGAAACAAAUUCAUUCUGUUGAUGAAGUUUACAGGUUACACAAUCUUCCCCAGUUUUAUAAGGAUCCACGGCCACACAUAUCUUUGGCAUGGGCAUUCGGAGACAUCAGUGGUUCCUUAAAGAGAGCAGUGGAAGAAGAAGCGAGGAGGCCAGUACUGAAGCGGGUAUUCACUUGUAAAUUUAGCGGCAUUGAGUGCAAGAUUGGUAACAAGACAUACAGAAUUUGUAAAAUCAGCGAUGAUUAAAGUUGGUGCUCGAUGUUAGACUUCAGGGGACUCUAUGCGUCAUUCUCUGUACAAGCUGUUCAAUACGAUACAUAACUGUUCUU